GUAGGCCAGCACGAGCCUUCUUCAAUGUUGACAAUCGUAACUAUUCAGAUGACUGUAUAUUAACUUCCGUUUUUUUAAUUCGUUUAUUUAUUUUCAUGAGUUUUUUUUUAUUGUUUGUAGGCUGUGCUAAACAGUUUAAAAAAAAUCCAAGGGUAACUUUUUUUUAUUCCUAGACUAGCAAGUGAUCAGCUGUUACAAGUUUGGCUAGCUAGCCAUGAAGCUAUAGAGAGCUAGCGGUGGCUACAGAAAGGCCAAACAGAAACAGACUUUGCACAAGAGUAGGGAUGUAGGGAUGUGUACGUGUUUUAUAUCUGCGUUUGUGGCUAAUUUGACGUUAAGCGUUAGCAACUUUGCUUUGACGUCUUCGGGACGGUUCUAUUAAUGUCUACAAAACCGGUGAGCAACAGGUUAAUCCAUGCACUGGUCAGUUAGUGUGUGGUGUUUAUUAGCAUUCGGAGCUGUUUCCAUGACAGAGUUUGUGUUCUACAUACAGAAUGAUGCUUAGGAGAGUAUAUAAUCAGCUUGGUUUGGUCUUUAAAUGGUGGAAACGGCAAGCUGGAGUGUAUUCUCAGUGCUGUGAGCUGAUUUACAAGUGAUGAGUGGACCGCUGUUGGACUUCAGCUGGACAUGGAGCAGAAACAGGAAAAAAACGAGCUGAAGGAGCUCUCCAUGCGUUUGGAGAAGGAUGGCAUCUCAUCCCAAGCCUCUCUGGAGGAGCGUCAGAUCCACAUGUGGCGUCUGUUACGGAGCAGUGAAUGCAGCCUAGCAUCAGCCACACAAGAGCUACAGACUCUCCGUGAACAGCAGGUCAGCGAGAUGAAAGAGGUGGAGAGUUACGUGGAACAUAUUCGCAACAUGCUAGAGGAGCGUGAAUGUCUGACGGCUGAAUAUGAAAGGGACAACGAACAGCUCCGUGCUGAGCUCGAACAGAUAAAGCACCAGCAAGAGUGUCAGUAUAAAGAGGUGACGGAGAUGUUGGAGCAGGAAGGCCUUGCUGAAAUCAGUAACAGCAGUUCCAGUGAGCAGGUGGCUUACCUGUUGGUAGAAAGAGUCACCUUACUGGAGAGGUUGGAGGCUGCAGAGAGGAAGCUUGAUACUCAGACCCUCACAGGCAACCUUAGAGAGGUGCACCUACAGGAGGAACUGGACCACAUCCGGCACACCCUGGAGGAGGAACUCAGGCAGCAAAAGGAAAUGAUGCGGCUCACUAAAGAGAGUAUGAGCAAGGGGAACGAAUCCGCAGCUCAGAGCACAUGGAGGAAGCUUUUUGGUGUGCACAAGGCAACAAAAAUGGCACAGAGCCUCCCUCUUGCACACAGUGUGGAACAGGAGCGGGAACGUACAGAGAGGAAGAAGCUGGAGAGGGAUCUCGAAGAGGCAUCCUGCAGACUCACUAUGGCUCAUCAGGAGAUUCGGCACCUAACUGACGAACUUGAUGUGGCUCGGAAAGGCCAGCAUGCUAGCGGCCCUGAUCUGCACACAUCCAGAGAGGAGGUCACACAGCUUAAACAAGAAGUAGAACAGUUAAAGCAGUUUGAUAUGGAGGAACUGCAGAAGGCAAAAGAACACAAUAAGAGACUUGACGCAGAAAUUCGGGCCCUGAGAGACAGAGUGCGCUCCUUGGACUCUGAGAGGAAGACACUUUUGAAAAUGAUUGAGAAUUUUAAGAUUCAUCCCAGUUAUGGAGAUAAACCUGCAACGGAUCUUGAUUCCAAUCAAUCUGUACAGGUUGAUGGAAAUGUGGAUCAUUCAGAACGGUCAGGUACACCAGUAAAUGAUGAAAAGGAUCAAUUCCAUAGAAGGUGUCGAAGAGAGUCUGAGGAUAAGGACUGCCGCCUUCGGGAGCUGGAGAGGAGGCUGCAGAAGCAGCAGCAGAAGCAUGAGGAGCUGGUAGAGAGGAAUGAGGAGCUAGAAGCCCUGCUUGGGGAGGCACAGAACAAAGCAACAGAUGAAAGACAGCGCCAUGAGUGUGAAGUGGACAGCUUGCAAAGAAAGAUUAAAAAUCUAGAGGCAGAGUUAAAUGCGAAAAGUACCCUUGAGAAAAGACCUGUGGAGCAGGGUGACCAGACUAAAGAGACCAUCUCAGAGGUACAAGGUGGUAUUCAAGAGAGGCUGACGUUUCUUGAGAGUAGGCUUGCUGAGGAGAAGGACUGGAGGAAACGCUUAGAAGUGGACUUAGCACUGGCCCAGUCUUCUUUGAGAAAAGAGAAGCAGGCACUGCAGAGCGAGCAUACAGAGCUGAAGAAAUUGCGUAUAGAGGUGCAGAGCUUACAGGCUGAGCGUCAGCAAGGGAAAUCCCUUAACGUGAGCCUCACCGUGCUAAAGGGAGAAAAGGGAAUUUUGGAAGAAAAGGUGGCCCAGUUGGAGCGUGCUCGAUCACGGCUGCAGGACGAGCUUGCACAGCACAUAGAGGGCAGCAGAGUGCAGGAGGAACUGAGAGAGAGCAGGGAGCAGGUGACGCAGCUUAAUGCUCUAGUUGAACAGCUGCAGUCCAAACUGUGUAAACUGGAGAAAGAACACAGCACACUGAGGAAUGAGAUAGUGGAGAAGCGCAGGCAGGUGAUGGAGUUGCAGGCUGAGUUGAGUGUCAGAGCCCAGGAGAGGCUGCAAGCUGAGGGCCAGGCGGAGCGGCUCGGGCUGGAACUGCAGCUGAAGAAAGAACAACUCCAGGCUGCCCAGCAGGAGGGAGUGUGUGACCCUAAUCCCAAAUCUUUUACAGGAAAUGACAACAAGCUCAGCCAGGUGGCAUGUGUGAAGUCGGAGAUGAGUAAGCUGCACACCACCCUGGAGCAGGACAGACUUUUGGUUAGUCAGCACCAGCUGGCUCUGCAGGCUCAGAUCAGUGAAGCCCAGGCUCGGGUCAAGGCCCAGGACUCUGUCCUACAGCAGAAGGGUGAGGAGAACAAGCAGCUAAAGCAGGACCUGCAGAGGACGCAGCACCUCUUCACUUCAGCUGAACGAGAGCUACGUUACGAACGGGAGAAAAAUCUUGACCUUAAGAGGCAUAAUGCACUUUUAGAUCAAGAGAAGAUCAAGCUGUGUGCAGAGCUGAAGCAGGCUCAGAGUAAACUGGCACAGCUGGAGGCCAGUGCAACAGCACAGUCAGCAGAGCUGGAACAGCUGCAACAGAGAGCCCGGGAGCUGGACCUGGAACUGGCCAGGAACAAUCAGAACAGACUGAGCAGCAGUAGCCUCCGGGAGGAGCUCAAUACUGAGAGAGCACGAGUUCUUGCUGCUGACAAGAAGGUGCUGGAGCUUCAGCAGCAACUAAAAAACGCUCUACAUCAGUUGCGUCUUGAGGAAGCCAGAGCUGGAGAGACCAGUAAGUUGGAGAGAGACACCAGAGACAUGUCUGAUAACUUGUCUGCCCUCCGAGCUAAACUGCAUGAAGAAAAGCUCCAGAGGAAGUUGGUGGAAAAGAGGGAAGAAGAGCUGCAACAGCAGGUGCGUUCUCUGCGGACGAAAGAGGCCACCAUCAGUCGCGUUAACUCUGAGCUCUCCCACCGCUCCCAGCAGAUGGAGACGAAGCUGGAAGUGCUGGAGAGCGAGCUGAGCUCUGCCAAGAAACAGCAGAGCCUCAGUCAGAAGAGUUGCCUUAAAUUGGAGGAGCAGCUCAUGUCAUCCCAGCAGGAGUCAGAAAGACUGCAGGAGGAGCUACAGAAUAUCCUUCAGCAGCUUGUUGCCAACUUCAGGCGAAACAACGAAAGACAUUCUGUUGAUAAGGCCAAGCUACGUAGAGCAAAGCAGUUGUUCAUGAAGGCAACCGCUCAGCGAGACAUGAAGAUCCAGAAGCUAGAGAAUGAUCUAGGUCUGGCAAUGAGUCUGUCUGAGAAAGAAAAGGUCUGGAUUAGAACUGUGACUGAGGAGAAUGAGCAGCUCCUGAUGGAGAGGCGAGAGCUGCUUAGGAGGAUAACUGAAGCUGAGGAGAUGGGCAACAACGGAAUGCGAACAGCCACAGACAUGCAGCAGAGAGUGAAGUUCUUGGAGUUGGAGAAUAAGCAGCUGCAGGAUAAAACACUGAAGCUGGCCAACCAAAUCGGAGUUUUAGAGCGAGCCCUGCGAAAUCUUCAAUCAGUAUGUAAUGCUGAGGAGGUAAAGAAAUUAUUUCCUUCUGAUACUCUUCCUGAUGGGCUCUUGCAGGCAUCAAGUCCGAAGCUGGGGCUCCGCGACUCGUGGGGACUGUUGGAUGCCAUUUGCAGGGUUAAAGUGGGCGAACACGUCAAAAGCCUGGAGUCAUCUCUCUCUUUGCCCACCUCUCAACCAUCAGAGAUUGGCUACCUAAAUGUGAGCUCCUCCAUGGCUCCCAGUGUUACCCAGCAUCAGGAAGAGAACCACAGUGUCUCCAGCGAAGAUGCCUGAAAAAAAACUGCACCUUAUUACCAAGCUUGCCAAUUAUCUCCGGAUUUACAGCAGUUUGUUCUAACUGUCACCGGGUCAGAAGUUGCCUGAUUAACAAAGAUAAACAAGGGUCGUUAUAAAUCGGUUCAGUGUUGCCUACCAUGCUCCGAGAUGUUUUUAUAAUGUUAGUAAUCUAGUAUCAUUUCACUGUGGAUCUGAAGAAGGUGAAUCCGAGCGUGACUAGAGGAAGAGGAAGUCCUGCCUUUUGGCAUCAGUUUUGUGGUUGAUUCACUUUUCUUUAAAAAAAAUGCUUCCUUAGACUAAAAAAGCUGGGCUUAUUCUGUACAGUGCUUUUAUACAAAAUCGUGUGUAAUUGGAAGCCAGAUUAUACAAAUGAUAAUUGUUUUAGUACAAUGUCACUGUGACUGAACAAUCUUUAUCGUUUUUACAGUCUUGGUUAAAGAUUCCUUUAAUCUUAAUCUUAAUCUUUAAUCAAACCCUUGAUUUUUACUCAGUCAUUACUACUCAACUGAGUUUAUUGCCUUUGCCACUUGUAUUCUGUAGAGGUCCCCAAUCCAGUACUUAAGGACUCGUGUAUAUUCCAAAUAGCCAUAAAGCUGAGCCAUGUGGUCAGAAUUAAACAUCCAUUCACUUGACCCUCCUGUUUUCAGUGCUGGAAAAUGUCAAAGGGAACAGAUUGUGAUUCUCUGGAAUCUUAGAACCUUAUUGACUUACACAGAGAAGAUGAUUUGCCAAGCUGGAGCUAUGAGAAAUGUUUUAAAAGUUUCAAAGCAAUAUAUUUCAUUUGAGAUCAAGGCCAAAGCACAAAUUACAGCCUAGGAACACAAAUUAUAGAUAGGAAACACUUUUUGUGGUGCAGCUGUAACAUGCUAUGUGUGUUAUAUAAGUUGAUCCGGAUAAAGAGGCAUGAUAUGGGAUUAGCUACAGCACUUUUAUUGUCAAGUGGUACGUUGUGCAUAUGUUUACAAAUAGAAAAUUUUUUUUGUACGUUUGGGAUCCAAGUGAAAUCUGGUACAAAAUUAAUGACCGUAUGGUCUAAAGUGCAUUGUCAAGUCUAGAUCAGUGUAUGUGUCAACAGUUACAAAUUAUAGAAACAUGGGAUCUAUAAAAUAAAUCGUUUAAGAUUUUACAUAUUUUUUAGAAGGUCACAUUUUUCUAUUCUCUGUUAACCUGUCAUCUGCUCAUGGGUAAUAUUAGGAGCUUGUACUUAGCUAGCACUCGUAUCCCAAUAUUUCUUAGAAUAGAAAUGUUGUACAAUGGAUGUAAAAAAUCUACGCUUCCCUGGUAAAAUGGCAGGAUUUUGUGAUUAAAAAAUGAAACAAAGAUAAAUCACAUUAAGGCUUUUCCCCCCCACAAUGGUAACAUUUCCAUCAAUGUGAAAUUACAAUAUGUUAAGAUUAAGUGGAAAAACAGAUUUUAGGCAAGUUGUUUUGGGUAAGAGACAAUCAGCAUGGCACAUCUUACCAUGACAACUUGAUUUGCAGAUCUUGUAAAAGCAUUUGUAGCUAUUCAUGAUUCCCUCAACCUUGAUAAAAGCCUCAUUUCUGAUGAUGUAAACAGCCCCAAAGCAUGAGCCUGCUACCACCAUGCUGCAUCGUGGGUAGGGUUUUAUUUUAGGGAUGCAGCAUUUUUAUGCAUCAAACAUACCUUUUUGAAAUUAUCCAAUAAUUAUACCUUAUGGAAAUGGUCUCAUUAGACCAAAACACAUUUUGCCAUCGGGUUUAAUGAGAUUUUGUUUGGAUGUUUUUGGAUAUGAGAGAGGGGAAAGAGCUUUUGUCUAUCCACCCUUACCUAUAGCUCAGACGUGAAGAAUAUGAGAUAGUUGGGACAUGUAGAGAGUCAUCAGCACUUGUUAGAUAGAUAUUUCUGCAGCUCCUUUACUGUUGCUGUAGGUCUCUCGGCAGCCUCCUUUAUAAGCGUCUGUCUUGUCCUUUAAUUAAUGACAACAGUAUGAUCAUUUUUGAACUUGAGAAUGAAUGUGAUGUGUAAAUUUACACAACCAGGCUAUUCUAAGUUUAUUUGUUUCAAAAAUGUUUUGGAUUGUUUUUCACUUAAUUUUCGUUGUAAUUUUAUAUUAAGGGGUUGAAAAAGGUUUCAAAUAAUUUAUCUUGGUUUAUUUUAUUUAUUUUACAUCACAAUAACCUGUCAUUUUAACAGGCUGUGUAGUCUUUCUGUAUCCACUGUACAUGAGCACCCUGGCCUUGGGAUUUCCAUACAGCUGAAAAACGGAAUGAAUUUUUCUAAUCAGAUUUUUGUAUUUAGAGUCGGAUCUACUUUUUAUUUAGUAGAAUUCAGACCUGAGGGUAUUUAAGUCUAUGACUAAGGUAUUAGUCACAUUACUUUAAUAAUGAUUUCAAAGCCUGUAGCUGAAGUAUUGCACUAAAAGUAGUUCUGUUGCUUUUCCAGUCUUAUAUGAAAAGCGUUUGUGUUGUAUAGUUUGUACAGUAUGAGCUACAUGGGUAUUAUUAUUAUAUAUUUUUUUAAAUUGUGUGAAGUAUUAUUUCUUACACUAUCAUCACCUGCAGAAAAGUAAUCACUAUCCUCCUUGUUUUGACAAUAAUCAAUGUUCAUGGUGUUUAUCAUAUCCCACUGCUGAACAACUGAGCACACAAAUGUGUAUUUUCUUAUUAAACAGUGAUUAUAUUUUCA